AUGGAAACGAGUAUGAAGAAGUUCACGGUGCGCAGGUUUUUCUCGGUCUACCUCCGCAAGAAAUCGCGCUCCAAGAGCUCCAGCCUCGGGCGCUUUGAGGAAGAAAGCAUCGUAAAGGAGAUAGACAUCAGUCACCAUGUCAAAGAAGGUUUCGAAAAAGCAGAUCCCUCUCAAUUUGAGCUCCUGAAAGUACUGGGACAAGGCUCCUAUGGAAAGGUAUUUCUGGUGAGAAAAAUCAAAGGAUCUGAUACUGGGCAGCUCUAUGCAAUGAAGGUACUUAAGAAAGCAACUCUAAAAGUCCGAGAUCGCGUACGAUCAAAAAUGGAAAGAGACAUUUUGGCUGAAGUGAAUCAUCCUUUCAUUGUAAAACUUCAUUAUGCAUUUCAAACAGAAGGAAAACUGUAUCUCAUACUAGAUUUCCUGCGAGGAGGGGACCUUUUUACCAGACUUUCGAAAGAGGUAAUGUUUACAGAAGAAGAUGUUAAGUUCUAUUUAGCUGAGCUGGCCUUGGCUUUAGAUCAUCUUCAUGGUCUGGGUAUUAUAUACAGAGAUUUGAAACCAGAAAACAUUCUUCUAGAUGAAGAAGGACACAUUAAGAUUACAGAUUUUGGCCUGAGCAAGGAAGCUAUUGACCAUGACAAGAGAGCUUAUUCAUUUUGUGGGACAAUAGAAUACAUGGCUCCAGAGGUGGUCAACCGGCGAGGGCAUACCCAGAGUGCAGAUUGGUGGUCCUUCGGUGUCCUAAUGUUUGAAAUGUUGACAGGGUCACUACCAUUUCAGGGGAAAGACCGAAAGGAAACAAUGGCACUCAUUCUCAAAGCCAAGCUAGGAAUGCCACAGUUUUUGAGCAUAGAAGCUCAGAGUUUGUUGCGAGCUCUUUUCAAGAGGAAUCCAUCUAACAGAUUAGGUGCUGGCCUUGAUGGAGUUGAAGAAAUUAAACGUCAUCCCUUUUUUGCCACCAUUGACUGGAAUAAACUCUACAGAAGAGAAAUCAAACCACCAUUUAAACCUGCAGUUGGUCGGCCAGAGGACACUUUCCAUUUUGAUCCUGAAUUCACAUCACGGACCCCAACAGAUUCCCCAGGUGUCCCUCCAAGUGCCAAUGCUCAUCAUCUCUUCAGAGGAUUCAGCUUUGUGGCAUCCAAUUUGGGGCAGGAACCUGUACAGCAAGAACCACAUAAAGCCACAGUUCAUCCAAUUGUCCAGCAGUUACAUGGGAACAAUAUUCACUUUACAGAUGGAUAUGAAAUCCGGGAAGACAUCGGCAUUGGCUCAUAUUCUGUUUGCAAGAGGUGUAUUCACAAAGCUACAGAAGCAGAGUUUGCAGUAAAGAUAAUUGAUAAGAGCAAAAGAGACCCUUCAGAAGAAAUUGAGAUUCUUCUGAGAUAUGGACAGCACCCAAACAUUAUUACACUCAAAGAUGUCUAUGAUGAUGGAAAAUUUGUAUACCUUGUAAUGGAGCUGAUGCGAGGAGGAGAACUCUUAGAUCGAAUCCUUCGACAGAAAUGCUUCUCAGAACGAGAGACUAGUGCCGUUCUCUGUACCAUUAGCAAAACUGUGGACUAUCUGCAUUCCCAGGGUGUUGUACAUCGAGAUCUGAAGCCUAGUAAUAUUUUGUACAUGGACGAAUCAGGGAACCCAGAGUCGAUCAGAAUGUGUGAUUUUGGAUUUGCCAAACAACUGAGAGCUGAGAAUGGUUUACUAAUGACACCAUGUUACACAGCCAAUUUUGUAGCACCUGAGGUCCUGAAACGGCAGGGUUAUGAUGCAGCCUGUGAUAUCUGGAGUUUGGGGAUUUUGUUGUAUACCAUGUUAGCAGGAUUCACCCCUUUUGCAAAUGGACCAGAUGAUACCCCAGAGGAAAUUCUGGCUAGAAUUGGCAGCGGAAAGUAUGCUCUAGCAGGAGGGAACUGGGAUUCCAUAUCUGAUGCUGCAAAGGAUAUUGUAUCAAAAAUGCUUCAUGUAGAUCCUCAUCAGCGCUUAACAGCAGCCCAAGUUUUAAGGCAUCCAUGGAUAGUAAACAGGGAGUAUCUCUCCCAGAAUCAACUCAGCAGACAAGAUGUUCAUCUUGUAAAGGGUGCCAUGGCAGCCACCUAUUUUGCUUUAAACCAAACACCUCAAGCACCAAGGCUGGAACCGGUAUUGUCCUCCAACCUGGCCCAGCGAAGGGGAAUGAAAAGAUUGACCUCAACGAGGUUAUAA